UGCUGCUGUUUUCUGCCUUUUGGUUCCUCCGUUCUCCUGUGGUACCACGGACAAGGCUACCGCAGGAGGCUACCGCCAAGGCUCAGGCCUGGCGGUGACAAGGCAUCUACAGCUGCUCGAUCACGAGAUCCAUCGAGCACCAAACUGCAGCACAUCCAAGUCAACGCAGCGAUGGCCGCCUACUUGUAUGUCGCGAGUGGGGUAGUCACCCUAUUCCUGCUGUUCCCGACAGGUUCCUCAGCAAACAGGACUGACUCCACAACAUCUAACUCGGUUCUGUCCCUUUUAUCACUCUGGGCGAACCUUACGGGAGAUAGUGAAAAGUCAGGACUCACCGCAUGCUUACGCCUGCCUUUUUCUGUUAACGACCCGGUGUUAACCCCGUUUGUAUAUCCUCUUAAUGUUGAUAAGCGGUUUAAAGCCCGGAACACCAAUCUGAACCCCAAUAUUACGAUAGCUCAACAUUCUUUUAUAUAUUCCCAGUGCCAACACACCGUCUAUUACCGGUAUUCCUGGCCACAUAACUUGACCCUAGCUAAAAUGAACCGCUCUGUCUGCAGAUCGGAGGCUAUGUUUCCACCUGCCCCCGUUCGGCUCUUCUAUAACAUUGCGCGUUCAGAAAUACCAUGGGGGAUUAACCCAAAGGGAAUAAAGUGGUCCAGGGAUGACAAUUCGUUAACCUGGAACCCCACAGCCAUCACACCAACAUGGUACUUAGCUUUUCCACCAGGCCCAAACAAAACGAGGGCACGAGAUGAGUCUGGCCCGGUUCCAUCCGUCCUUCAGCGGACCCGAUCUCUAGUUUCUUGGAACGAGUCGCUAGCCAUCAACAUAUCGGAUGCCCAAGACAGGCGCUCAUACUUUUACCCCAUCUUAAUCGCGGCCAGACUUAGUCAAUGGUUCUAUGGUUACGACGCACCUGCAAACACAGUCGAUCUCCCUCGUGAGGUAGCUUUGAUCAGAUGGAAAGACCAAAGCUGUGCACUGAUCAAUACGCCAGCCCCCAUAGGGAUGCUAUGGGCCUGCUCAGACGGGCAGCUUUAUAUUAACCUCCCAGCUACCCUAACAGGUGUCCAAUGUUUUUUGAGUACAGUAAUGCUCUGCCCUCCUUUAAGUGUUAAUACAGCUCACCCGAAUAGCCCGACCGUACUCUGUCACCAUAAGCGAUACCUUCCGGUGUGGAGUAAGUUGACACGGGGCGAAUGAUUCAGCCAACAUUUGGCGUGGACGCCUGAAGGUCUUUUUGCGUGGGGGGUAGGGAUAGGCAAAGUGAGAGUCGCUAGCACCGAGUUAGCUGAACAAGUUGAGAUUUCUAGCCAAUAGUACCAAAACAUCCCUACGGUUAUUGAACCAACAACUACAAGCUACAUCACAUAUGACCAUGCAGAACCGCUUAGCCCUCGACGCAAUGUUGUUACACCAGGGAGGCGUUUGUCAGUUUCUUAACCUGUCUAAGGAAUACUGUUGUAUUAGCAUACCCAAUGUUACUAUUCCAUUAGAAGAGCAACUCGACCGCAUAAAACAAGUUGCCACAGACACCAAUAAAAUUGCCAGAAUCGGGAAAGGAUGGUUAGCCGACAUUUUUAGUUGGAUAGGAUGGGACACGUCAUUCUGGUUGAUACACUUGUUAACUCCUAUUAUUACCUUGUGUUUACCAAUAGUCAUUGUUAUAUGUUUGGGUUGUUGUAUUUUACAGUUUGUUAAAGAUCGAUUUAUUAAGUUAUUUGCUUAUGUGUAUACUCGUUUACCACUUGAACCUUAUAAAGACGACGAGUUCCUAGACGAAAAUUACUUGUAACCUAAUUCCCUUGUCCAUUGUGACAUGGUCAAGGGGGCAUGUCAUAACCAAAUGAGUUGAGUGCCCCUGUCACAAUAGAACUGCCCUGAAUAACCACAGUUACUUUCAAAUUUGGUACGUUCUGCCUCAUUAGCUAUUCCCACCUGGCAGUCUGUUAUUGGCUACUCUAAAUGUAUAA